CGCUCUGACGCCGCCGCCCACCUUGCUCUUACCCAAAGGAUAUCCACCUCGAGAGCCUCCUGCUCCUCCCGUGCUCGCCAGUGCCUCCGUCUCGCUCGCUUCUCUGCAAUGGGAGUCCUCUUCGCCGCCUUCGCAUGUCUCACGCUCAUGGACGCCAUGUGGGUCGACGAAGCGCUCCACGAACGACUCGCCCUCGAGGGCAUGAUGAUGGCCGUCUCGAUGCUCCUCCUCACCGCGCUGUUCGAGUGCUUCUCUCUUUCAAGCGUCCGGCACCUUCGCUCCAUGGCCGGCGGCAAGGACCUCUACCAGCAGGGGUGGUGGUGCAACUUGUACAAUGCCAUCCUGAUCGGCGUCCCGAUGUACGUGUCUGUCUGCAGCUUCCCAAACUUCUUCAUCCGGCGAGGCGCCGGCCCCGGCGGCGUUGAAUGGAGUGCCGGCUCGCUGGACGUCGGCGAGGUGACGGUUACCGUACUCCUCCACUCGCUAGUCUACUACCUCUUCCACGCCGCCUUCCACAAGGUGCCAGGCCUCUUCUUUGUGCAUCAGUUCCAUCAUCGCUUCCGUGGACGCUCGGUGUCGCCGUCCACUGCGCUCGCCGUGUCGCCUCUCGAGUUCCUGCUGGCCUACAUCACCGCGUUUGGGCCCGGGAUGGUCCUGUUCAAGCCCUCGAGGGCCACGCUGCAGGCGUCGUUGGUCGUCGUCAUGGGUUUGAAUCUCCUGAUGCACUUCCCACCCGUGGAGGACGCGUCCCGCUGGCUGCCUCGCAUCCUCGUCGGCACGGCGGACCACCUCUCGCACCACAAGCAUCCGGGGCACAAGUUUUCGGGUCACACGCUGUCGUACGACUACUUUGCCGAGCGCCUGCAGCUGAGGGCUCUCCUUCCCCGCCCUCGACCAUUGUGCGCCACCGUGGCGCAGCCGCGAGCAGGCGCUGGUGCUUGCCAGAUGCGAGGUGAGGGGCCGAGGCGCAGCCUCAAUGGCGAUUACAUCGUCAGUGGACUGCGCAGAGGGCCAGUGUGGCCGCGCACCGCACGGCACGUGAAGCUUGGCCUUCGCAUGAUGAAACCACCCGACUGCUCGCCCGUGUCGGUCCGACAGGCCAAUCUGGCUUAAAUUCUCUUGUUCAUGUUGUGACGUAUCAUGUUGAGUGAUGGUGUGUGUGUGUGUGUGUGUGUGUGUGUGUGUGUGUGUGUGUGUCUUCUUGCGAGUCGUGGUGGCAGACAGCUGAGCUCCCCUUCUCCAUGUCCAAAUGUCCAUGUCCAUCUAUCUGUCUGUGGGCGUUAGUCCUGCAGUUACUUAAUUUUGGGAUUUGUCAGGCGUAGC